CUUUGUAUAACGCGCACCCCCAAUCUUCAUUGGGGGUGCGCACUUCAAUCUUCAUUGAAGUACAUGCAUUUCAUAUUCGGAGCAUAGUGCGCACCUGCGAUUUAGGGCCUAAAAUGAUCUAAGGUGUAUAUACGACUCCCUGCUACGGACAAGUCUGCCCGAGGUUACCACGUACAUGUCACUGAGUGGAGUGUUGUACACAAAUACUGGUUCGGAGACGGCAAACUGUUCUUUCGUUCAGGCGACUUAUGGUUACCUUCCGCGCUCCAGUGGACCCAUUUUUGUACUGAUUGCCGGAGAAAUAGAAUUUUGAAGGUGCCGUAGUCCGUCUUAUCUCCGGAUCGAUGGCGGCGUGUGCUUGGCGGAUCACUUCACUUCGGAGAACUCCGCUCUGGUGUCGACAAAUUCUGCGGAGCAAAUCCGACCAUUCGCCCAGCUGGAAUAAAGUCUUCUCGGACAGUUCGCAUCUGUACUUGUCAUGGGUACGGAAUGGCUUACUAAUGACAGUGUUGGGUGUCAGCACACGUAGCCCAGCCGCUGAUGGAGAUGCUAGCCUAGCCGUGCGCAUGGAAGAGAACUCCGUCUCCAUAGGUUUCCUGUCCCUGGCAGCUGGCUGCUUGACGUUUGGCUCAGCGCAGCACGUUGCAGUGGCAUUGCGCUUGCACCGUGCCUACGCUCAGCAGAUGGGCAAGCUGAAGCUGCUGCGCGUCGCCAGUUACACCAGUGCUACCGUGGCCGUGUGGGGCACAACGGUCGCGUGCUUGCUCAAGCGAGAUCUCCGUAUCACUCUCCCCGGCCUCACUGCGCCCACGCAAAACCAGGCCCCAGCUAAGCAGGAAGGCGGCAGCAGUUGAUUUUGAGUGUGGUGAGCCAACGUGGCUCCACUUGAUUUUUGUUGAGUUCUAUGAUUUCGUCCGUGCUGGAAUGAUCUCAGGGCAAUACUCCUUCUUUCUACUCCAGUAGUCCGCUGUUCGGGACAUCAAUCUACUGUCUGUUUAACCAAUCAGCUUCACAUUCCAUCCUUUGCAACGCGCCAGUCAUUGAUGGGUUCAGGAGCUGGGCCAAAGUCAACUGCCGUGCCGCGCCGCAUCAGAGUGAGCCCAGCCCCGUGUUGGCCCUGGCCUCUGAACUGAGGUACGCCAGUAAGCAUGGACGCAGCACCAGCAGCAGCACAGGCCUGUCUGAAACCCUGUGAGAUGUACACGGGUCCCUGUCUUGAUCGCGAGGUGACUGCCUGGCCCCUGCCUGUAAGCGCAGCCACAUGCUCUGCCCCCCAGCUGCCGGGGUGGGCUUAUCCAUGCCGUCCGCUCAGCUCUGCAUGGGCAAGACCGAUUUCCUUUCAGUGUAGUUCGUACUAAUACUAGGCUCCGAGAUUGCCGUGCUGCAGCUAAGUUGUAAUUUAGCAACACUGGCUUGUAUUACCCUGACACAGACACAGGCACUCAAUGUGCCUGGUUUAUUCUAUUGCUCAGUUUCAUCAUGCUUCAGCAUGGUUUUUAUCAUGAAGUUCUACCUCAGUUUCUGGCCAGUUUUUCUCUGGACUUUGAUUUUAUUCGCGUUGUCCCGCUCUGGCUAAGCGGGCUGCUCCUGCUCCAUCGCCAGGGCCUUCGCUGGCUGUUUGUGCUUCUGACGCACGGCGCAAGCUUAUUUUGUUACAGCUUCAAAAGCCUUCAAUAUCCUUCUACCUCUCAUUUGGGAGCAUUGAUGAAUCAGUUAAUUUAAUUACCGUAUGUCC